AUGUCUCGAUAUCAACUAGGUUAUGACUCGAGUGAAGCUCGCCGCUCCCCAAGGGACCAGUCUACAGCGCGGUAUAACGAUCCACCCGAUGAUUUUCGUGGUGGAGCCAAUCGGGAGCGAAGAAGGUCAUUCUCGGAUACUCGUGCGACUCACAAUAUAUUCAGCACUAAUCGUGAGCUCUUUCGUGAAUCUACAAGCCGGGAUUCUUCUCGGGACUUUCCAUCUCGGGACCCCCCAAGGGGUCCAAAAGGUGUGCCCGAUGCUCCAACAGGCCCACGUGCUUCAAGCUACGGAGACUUCAGGUGCGAAGUUAGCAUUCGAGGUGACGUUAGGGGCGAACGAGGUCGUGGCAUAGGUCGUGGUUGGCGGGAAGAAAGUCGAGAAAGAGGACGUGAAAUUGAUAGAGACUACCGAGAUCGAAGGGACGGAAGAGCACCCAUCUCAUUUCGGGAAGAACGUGGUAGAGACCGUUGGGCAGGCCGUGAAGUCUAUGUUGGGAAUCGGAGACCCUCGUCACCUCAAGGUAGAGGACGAUCACCCAGCUACGCCCAACGAGAAAUUAGGGAACCACCACCCAGCCUGGAUAUAGAUCGUACUAGGAGGGGAUCAAGGGAUGGACCUUUAUCCGCAGGGCCUGUUCCGUCAGAUUCUGCACAGCCUUUUACUCGCGGAUACGGUAGAGGUAGAGGUGUACGUGGAAGGGUUAGAGGUAGCUAUUACGAUGAGUUACACCGAACUUCUGGUCAAAGCCGAUCCCCUAUAGAUAAUAGCUGGAAUCAUCGAAAUCAACCCUCAGCGACCCCUCCCCCUCAGGUUCCAGCUUUUGGAUCUGCAACUAACUCUAUCUCUAGUGGUCCUAACCCACCGACUAGUUCGGCAGUGAACACACAUGGCCCUGUUCCUGGUAUCGCUGUUCCCACGGCUCCACGAUCUGAAAGAAGAUCAGGAAAAUCUACUGUAGCGGGUACAGCGCAGAAUUUUUCGGAAAACUCACGCCGAGAAAUAAUCGACCAAAACUCAUGUCAUUCAAUGUCACCUACUAACAUACCUUUACGUACCUCAUCACCAAUCUCAAAAUUCGAGCAAAAAUUGGAAAAUAUUGAUAAUGAAAAAAGAGAAGAAGGAGAAGUCUUCAAAUCUCCUAAGCUGAAUCAUAAUUCUAUCCAGAGGCCAGAAAAAAUUUCGCCCUGCGUCACAAAAAUUACAUCAUCUAGAGCGACUAUCACCGAUUGUAGACGAUACCCUGUAAUUGGUAUACGUCCUGCAAACCUUCAUUCUCAUGCAAUAGAAGAUGAGGCCAACAGUUCUAAUUCAGAUUCUGGUGAUGACUUUGGAGAUGAAUACUUUGAAAAGGAGAUUGCACGGGUACAGGCAGAAAUUGAAACCUUCACGGAUGCUAAUCCUUUUCUUCCAAGCAUAGAGCCUGAAGAUUGCCUUCUAAAAAUUUUAAUGGAGUCGGACAUCUUGGAUGUGAUCGAAGCCACUAAAUUUGCUAACCCAAAUGACUGUCAGGUUUCAAAGAACAAUAAGAGGCCUCGACCGUUACUAUCUGCAAUGGCUUCGCCAAAGACUAAUCACGAAUCAACAACUCCUAAGGGCCCUACAAUAUCUCAUAUACCUUCUCCUCUAAACCUUAUGUCUGCAAAACCUCAGAAACCUCAAAUUUCUGUCAGAACCCUUGGCCCAGAACUAUUAAGCUGGUCUUCAGACACCCACAAGGAAACUAAGGAAGAUUUUAUAGAAAGAUCUAAAAACAAAUCUCGAACCGAAACCACGUCUCAAAACAGUCAGGGCCUGAAAAGGGCAGCCCCUGUAGGGAUGAUUGAAGAUGAAAAAGGAAGCGAGACGAAAGACUGCGACAACCUUCCGGCGUUGGAAGCGGUGCGGAAGCGAAUGAAGACGCCGCCUAUAUCAAGUUUACCCAGCUUUACUUGUAAACCUUGGCAUCAGGAUAAAGAAUUUUCUAAAACUUUGGAGCCGAAUUCAUUGGUCGAAGCGCAAAUUGUCCGUCAUUUGACUGAGACAAGCACUCGAAGAAGACGAGAACAGGACGAGGAACGACGACUCUGGGCAGUUCGGUACCAUCGAUACCGGAGGUUUACUGAUUAUUCUAAUGAUCCUGCUGCUGUCCGUAGUCGGGAAAAAUUUUUGAAGUCUCGUGCAAAGUCAGCUGCAGAAGCUGCCACGCGACCAUCUGUUAUGGCAUCUUCUGCCUCUAAGCCUGAAGGAUCACGACGUGUCGGAAGCCGUUUUGCCUCUGAACAUGAACUUCAAAGAGUACUCCUCGAAUCCGAACAGGAAGCUAAAGAGUCAAAGGAACGAGAUGAUUGCGUUUCACGGGCAAGCAACGCUACUGCAAGAGAGGCUAUAAUUCCGGACAUGAUUUGGGACAAAGAAGAAAGAUACGAAAAUGAUUUCGAGGACCGUACCGGACUUAUAUCUUUUGAAAGAUCGUUUGCCAUUCUUGAAUUCGGAGAACCAAUCGAUAAUUUUACUGCAAAUGAAGCUGCUUUAUUCGAGAAGGCCUACUUUGAAUUUCCUAAGCAGUGGGGAAAGAUAGCAGAAUGCCUGCCAAACCGUGAUUAUAAAUCUUGUAUUCAGCAUUAUUACCUAGUGAAGCAUCCGUCGAACCUCAAGAAGAAACUGAAAGAUCAUAGUAAGAAAAAAAAAGGGCGACAGUCUAGAUCCAAGAAAGACAAAAAUGUUGCACUUAUACAUGACCUUGGCUCUACACGAGAAGAAGAUGAUAUGCAGGAUGCAGAAACUGACAGCAGAAGUAGACGACCAAGGAGAGCUGCGGCGCCAACGUUUAACUCUGACGUGAAAGACCAAGCUAGUGAGAAUGAGGUUGCGAGCCCAGCACCAGUAGCUUCUCGAAAGGUUUUAACUCCGAAGAUUGAGCCUACCUUCGAAGCUCUUCAAACACAGCCCCCUACUCCUGUCAAUUCUACUACUAAAAGAAAGGCAAAAGCUCCUCGUGAGAAAGCUGCAAAGCAAGCCAAGGGCAAUCAACCCGCCGUUGCGGCUACAGGUGGCAGAAUAGUUGAUGACUCACCAGCAACACCGUCCUCUACACUAGAUGGUGCUAGUCGCCGAGAGCCUAUCAAAAAUCUUCAGCCCGAAAUUCAGUACAACAAAUCAGAUACGUCGUCAAGCCUGAAUAUCACUUACACUUCAAAUGAAUUCAUAUCUAAAUCGACCGGCUCAAACUCAAGCAGCACUAAAGUUGAACACUAUCACACUCCUCAAACUACACAGUUGUCACAGGCUCCGUAUAAUUCUCCAUCUCAACCUGAAAGUCAGCCUCAACCAUGCUCCCCACAAACUUCACAAACAACUCCACCAUCUUCUCACCAACCAGUAUUCCAGCAAAAAUUACAAUCUACUUUCCAAGCUAACUCUCAAUCAAUGCUCGACAUCAAUUGUCAGCCAAGUCAACAAUCAGCAUCUACUCAGGAUAACCCUGGAUUACUAUCAGUAUCCUCUAUAGAUCAGCCCUCAACUCAAAAAACAGUUCAGCAAACCUCGAGCUAUUGGAGCGUCCCUGAGCAGGACGUAUUUUCUGCUCUUUUGGGGCACUUUGGAACAAAUUGGCAUGGAAUUGCAAAACAUAUGACUACUAAAACACACAUAAUGGUAAAGAAUUACUAUCAAAGACAGGUAGAUAAUGGUAAAAUGAAGGAGUGGGAAAUUAUUGCUAAAACAGCCGAUGAAAAAAAAGAAAGAGGAGAACCCACUGGUCCACUGCCUGCGCCUGUAGUUAUUCCACCAAAGAGACGAACAGAUAUUCCUGGCACAUCUAUACAUAAAUCAGGAUCUUCAACAGAAAACAACGAAGAGCUUAGCCCUGUUCCACCAAAUUCGUCAUCUCAGGCAUCACCUCAACCGGCAAUCUUUACCACGCCACGUUUCCCUACCAUAGCACAAGCUAGUCCAAUUCUACAGACACCAUCAGCUGCAACUACUGCAAUAAUAAGUAGACAUUUACCCCCGCAGCCCAUUCAGCAGACUCCUCCCCAAACUCUCCCAACAACUAGAGGAAGGGGACCGCCUCUAGGAUAUUUUGAAACGACUAGUCCUUCACGCCAACAACUUCAGUCUGAUCAGGUUUCUCAGCGCACCUUGAAGGCAGCUCACGACGCACAGAUGGAGCGACAGCUUGCAUUACGUUUAGAGCAAGAGCAGCACGAGCAACAGAAACAACAACUUCAUCGGGAGCAACAACAAAUCCAAGCGCAACGAGCGCGAGAACACCAAGCACAACAGCAAGAAAAUCUACGACGUGAGCGAGAAAAUGAACUGGAACACGAGCGUCAAAUUCAGGUGAUGCAGAAAGAAGCUCAGAAAAUAACUCUCCACCGUGAGAAAACGUCACAGCAGCGCGAGCAAAAUUUUGUUCUGCAGCCCGAACGGCAAGCCAUUACCCGUAAGGAAGAAAAGAGAAGUCCAGAACUAAAACAAUAUGAUGCAUAUAUUCCACAAAGUAUGCUUAAUGCCAGUAGUUUUCCAUCACGCAACGAGGGACUUCAAACAAUUCCUGUCGCCGAAACAAGACGACCAACACAACAGCCAUUCCAGUCACACCAAUCUCACUUGCAACAUUCGACCCACAACUCAUUUUUGAGCGAAAGUUCCGGUGCUCAUCGUGAGUUUAGGUCAAAUUCAUCGCAGAUAGCCCAACAAAAUCCUGUUAAUGCGGCACAACGGGUGCAAGAAGUUUAUUCAGCUCCUCAAACAUCAGUAUCUUUAGCCACACGUCAGCCAGAGACUGUUCGAAAAACUUCCAGCAUCAUGUCGUUGCUGAAUGAGGAGCCUUGUGAAGCACGCUCUACGCCAUCGAGCCGAGCUAAUGAUAUGUCCUCCUCCAAGAAACCGCAACAAAACUCGCCGUCGCCUUACUCGCAUUCUGUUGCACCUUGCUUUUCUACAAAGAACUCACAGAUUAAUUCACAAACGGUCACUUCUAUCUUACCACAAACACCAUCUCAAACGAUGUCUCACCUGCAUCCUCAUCCCAAUCCUCAUUCUCAACCAAAGAUUCAACACACCAACCAAAGUCCUCAUCCGAUGCAAUCACAUCCUGCGCCCAUUGGAAACCAGACAAGGAGCUUUACCCCUACUCCUGGAAAGUUUGAGAGCCGUGGAUAUGCUGCGUCAAUUCAAACACAACCGCAAUCAAUGUUCACACAUUCAUCACAGCAACAAACACAGCAACAGGCCACACUAAAAAGUUCGCGGCAACAAUCUCAGCAAGUUCAGCUUCAAUCGCAGCAGCAAACCCAGUACCAAACCCAGCAACAGCCUCAACGCCAAUCCAUCAAUAAUCAGGGUUCUACUCCUACUCGUCGGGAAGCUUCGGUGAACGACAUACACAUCAUUACCAAUAACUACACUCGCACACCUUCUGUCCAGCCAUCAGGAUCACGCCUUAAAGAGUCACCAUACUCAGCAAAUUCACCGUCCCAGUCGUUGAGACAAGCUCAGGCUGCAACCUCCCCAGUUGAAAUCACAACUCCAGAUAGGGACUAUUAUGGGCAUCAACGUCAGCAUCAACGAACUUCACACAACUCUCACCAGCAAUUUCUUCCGCAACAAAUUCAACAAGCCAAUCCUGCGUCAACAAUUUCAACGUCAGGCUCCUACUCUAAUAGCACAACAUUACACAAUCGAGCUAGCUAUCAUUCCCACUCACAACAAUCACACUCCCAUGGUCAGCAGGCUCCGCAACAGCCAAAACCACAUCAGGUGGGCCACCGACAAAUCUCAUAUGGACAUACAGGCCACAGCAGUGGUUCAAGCAACAAUGUGAAUAGCCCAUCUUCACAAUACCCGAAUCAAAUACAACACGCUUCACAUAACCAAAACCCCCUUCACACGAACCAUGUUAGUCCCAAUACUAGUACUCGCAGUAGACGUAGUAGUUUUGAUGGAAGAUUCAAUACUCAAAUACCAUCUUCAAAUUCACAAAACUCAAUCCAAAGACAGACUAGCUUUUCUCAAUCUACACAGAGUGUUAUUUCUAGUAAUUACAAUACGCAGCAGCAUGGAAACACAACUGGGGUGUGUAAUAGCACACAGCAAACUUCCCCAAUUUGUGAAAUAACAGAAAAUUAUUAUCAAUAUGAGCGUGAACAUGAUCGUCGACUGCGUACAGAUGGAUACCACCAAGCUCGACUGCGGGAACAAGAGGGAAGAAGCCGAUAA